GGCGGCAAAGCCUACCGUUAUAAUCGAGCUUAGUGUCCGGGUAUAGGCCUCUGUCCCGCAGCAGAGGAAAGAGCUCUCUCUGUCUCUGGUUAGCUCCUAGGGUUCGUCGCCGGACUACAAUGUGUACUCCAGACUCGCUGGAUCGGGCGUGCCGCCGGUGACUGAGGUGUGAUCCAAGCUCCCACGUCCCCGCCGUGGGUGGAUCCGGUUGUAUUGCGCGUCCCUUCCCCCCCUUGGCGUGGCGGGGCGCUGCUCAGCCCCCCGUUCUGGCUUCCCUGCCUCCGUCGCCUUGGCUUUUGACUUCUGCAGAAAUCAGGAAAAACCUGGAUAUGGUCAACUAAAGUGCGAAACUACUUCCGAUGAGGCCAUCGGGGUUGGCUGCGGUCGUGGUGAUGGUGCUCCUGGCAACGGCGGCUCCAGCUGUGAAUCCGGCCAUGGUGCUGGAGCGGGCGGUGCCGCUCAAUGGGGUCCCCCUGGGGCAUCUCAUGGAGCUGGACAGGGCGAGGCACGCGAGGAUGGGUGUGGUAAAUGUCCCUGUGCAGGGCAACUCCAACCCAUUCGCUGAUGGGAUUUAUUAUACCAGUGUCAAAUUAGGGAACCCACCGAAAGAACACACUUUCCUCAUUGACACUGGGAGUGACAUCUCAUGGGUUGCUUGCGAGGGCUGCAUGGGUUGCUCGACCAAAAGUGCGCUCAAGAACCAAAUGGAGUUAUACAAUCCCGACUCUUCAUCGACAUCAUCCAGAGUAUCAUGCUCGGAUGAUAACUGCAAAGCUGCCGACAACUCAGGCUCCAAAGUCUGCCAAACCUCGGACUCCACAAGCAGCCUAUGUGGUUAUAAUCUUACAUAUGGUGAUGGAACUGGAGUGUCGGGUUACUAUGUGUCCGACACUAUGUAUCUAGACACUAUCAUGGGAAAUCAACACUUGGCCAAUACUUCUGCCUCUGUCGUUUUUGGAUGUACCAAAUUAUUUUCAGGACUCGCAGCUACAGAUGGGAUUCUGGCAUUUGGACAGCAGCAACUUUCUAUCCCUUCACAGCUGAACUCUUUGGGGCUAUCCCCUAAAAAGUUCUCACAUUGCCUGAAAGGUUCCGAAGAAGGUGGUGGCAUUUUUCUUCUUGGUGAAAUCAUGAGCCCAAAAUUAGUAUAUACUCCACUUGCAGCAGGGCCUUAUUACAACUUGAAUCUGGAGGGCAUUGCUGUCAAUGGUCAAGACCUUCCCAUUGAUUCUUCCUUGUUUGCAACAUCAAAUAAACAAGGACCAAUAGUGGACUCAGGAACAACCCUAACGUACCUUGUAGACGGAGCCUAUGAUGGAUUUGUUAGUGCGAUAGUUGCAGCGGUCUCUCCAUCUGUACGUCCUUUUGGCACCAAGCGGGCUGGGAUGGGGGAUACAUGUUUUCUUUCUUCUAGCAGCAUUGACUUGUUAUUUCCAACGGUCACACUAUAUUUUAAGGGUGGUGCUGGAAUGACAAUGAAGCCAGGAAACUAUCUUUUGCAGCAGGGUGCUAUUGGCAAUGAUAUUGUGUGGUGCAUUGGCUGGCAAAGUACCAAGGCAAUCCAGAAUGGCCAUGGAAUCACUGUACUCGGAGACCUUGCUUUACAUGAUAAGAUAUUUGUGUAUGACUUGAAGAAUAUGCGCUUGGGCUGGACGGACUACAAUUGCUCGUUAUUCAAUAAGAAUACCCGGAUUGAUGUGAGUGGCGGGUCGUCAUACUGCAGCGGCUUGAUAGCUAUUGGAGUGGCUGUUGUAUGGUUGAUCGUCAUACAGAUUGUUAUCUAGCAUGAGAGCAAAAUCUCAGUAGAAAAAUUGAGGACAAAGCCAGUAGGAAAGUUAAUUUGGGGACUGAUUGUGCCAUGACUGCAUCUAGUACGGGUAUUGAUUAGUGGUGCAUUUGAGUUCAUCAUUAGGGUUGUUUUUACUGAAGUAAAAUGCAUUUUAAUCUGAAUUUGUAGUGUGAGCCGUUGGAUGAGAAUUAUAGAUAAUAGUGAGGUAAAUCCUGCCUUGGCGCAUUGGCCGGUAACCUUAAGAUACCGUGGUUACUUAGUCAUGUUUAUGUCAUUUAUUUUGUCUUGGUU